UUUUCGGUACUGCGUGCAGCAACAGCACGGUGUCCCGCUCGCACCGACUCGUGUGGCCGACCUUCUUUUCGGUGCCCGACGAUGGUGAAAUGAAGCCUGCGCCUUGCCACCGAGAAGCGGCCUUUCAUUCUGCGAUCAAUCGCAUCCGCGUUCGGUUGUAGAUUUUGCUGUGCCCCAUCCGUCGUACCGUGAACCGGGUGGACGUGUGGACGAGUGUGUGUGUGUGUGUGCAAAAAAGGGUGAGUUCUUGUGAAACCCCGAUCACUGUGAACUGUGGCGGGAGAUUCCUCUCACUCUGCACUAGCGAAGGGCACUAGCAGCGUGGCAAGGAGUGGCCACCCGAAGGAAAGAGAGAGAGAGAGAGAGAGAGAGGGGGAAAAGGUCGUGCCGAAUACCGAAAACUGCUGGCUAGCGGGUUAGCCGCUUAUCGUGCGCUGGUGUACUCGCGAUCGUGAAUGUCAGUGAGUGUCUGUGUCUGUGUUCUUUCUGAAAGGAAAUUGCACACACGAAGCCGACCGAGCGACAGCAAAAAGAGAACGGUACCUAAGAAAGGAGGAAGGUUUCGCACCCACCUUCCAGUGUGUGUCACGGUACUGUAGGGCGUGUAGUGCAAACCCCACGAGAGCCAUCGAGAAGGCGAUUCCGCGCAGAAGGAACCACGAAAAAGCGUCGACGAAAGGCUACAAAAAGCAGCCCCCCAGCUCCCCGUUGCUAACCGUUCCCACGUGGCAAACAUGAGGAUAACUGGAAAGGUGUGCCUGCUGGCGUGUCUGGUGGCGGUGUUGGCGAUAUCGAGCGUGUUCGCCAGCCCGCUGGACGAGAGUUCCCGGGCGGCCCUGUUCCGCCGAAUGCGCCUCGGUGGCCCCAAAGUCUACAAGCACGAGGACCAGAGCCGCCCGGGCAUCCCGGUGGCGGACAACCUCGACAAAGCUCCGGCGGAAGAGCGUAAGGCGCUGGGCAAGGAGUUGUCCGAAGAGGAGUCAACAACAGGGGCAGCGGCAUCGCCCGCUGCUACGUCCGCUCCCGUACCAGCCAAGGGAGGUCUUAACAGGUUGUUUGCUCGCAAAAAGUAUAGCCCGCUGCUCAGGGAUGCUUCCAAGGGUGUGUCCACAACGGAGGCUUCGUCCGGAUCGUCGGUAACGACCACCACAGUCGCCUCUACCGAGGGCGACGAUGGUGCGACCUCCUCCGGAACUACGCGCCGCACGAGACCUACGCGCCCGGGGAAGCUGCCCCGUUCGACCACCCCGAAGCCCACCGUGUCCGUGAAGCCCACGAAGAUCUCGUCCCGGUUUUCGAAGCCCACGGUAGAACCGACCGAAAGUACGGUCGCUAGCGUAACGUCUCGCACGACACGCGGUCGUCGCACGCGUCCAUCGAAACCCUCGAAGCUGUCCAGCUCGACCACAACGACAACUACCGAGGAACCGACGACUACCACCACGACGACCACCACCACAACUACUACUCCGGCUCCAACGACCACGACCACCACGACGACCACCACCACCACCACUACGGUAGCUCCCAGCACAUCCUCUAGCACAUCUUCCCCAGCAGUAGGCGCCGAUUCGUUGGCCGUCGGACCGGUGGAAGCUGUCGCCGUCAAAGUCCAAUCGGAUGAUGUGGAGAGCUCGGCUAGUUCCACCACUUCCACCACGUCGGCGUCAAGCACCACAACCACUGUGGCAUCUUCUCCUUCUAGCACACCGACAACGGCCGCACCAUCUGUCACGAAAGAGGCCACCGAUGAUGGCCAGGAAGUGGCCGUUAGAAGCGCACCGAAACCCGAACGGAUUAUCCCGGUAGUUGAGCGGCAGGAUGAUGAGCUGACCGAGAACGAGAGUCUCCUACAGUCGGCUGGGUACGAUUCCUCGUCGGCUGAGGAGCAGUAGAAGUGGGGUUUGAGGGGUGCGCGCGUGUUUGUGUGAUAAGGAUGCGAGGGAACAAGACAGAGAGAGAGAGAGAGAAUAUAAUAUUUGUUCACUAUGUAUUACCUGCAUACUAUCCGCUUACUUCCGGUGCGUUCCGUGUGUUUGGCACUGGUGCCCGGUGCCAUUCGACGAUUCGUGGGGAAUGAGAGUAAGGUAUUCUUCGGCAGCAUUCGACCAUUUUGUAAGCGAAUGUUGGGCGAACGAAAUAAAGAUUAGGUAAACUACUAUAA